UGAUUGGUUGUACGCAGACACCACGUGCAGUCAGCUGACCUGUCUUAUGAUAGCAGUCAACUCGUCUCUAGUUGUUGAAUUGUUGGGUGGACUUGUAACAGUACGUUUAACAUCACUUGAACAAACAAAAUGACUUUACCAAAGAUAAGGAAUGAAGACAAGGAAUCAAACUUCGGUUAUGUUUACGCAGUAUCCGGACCCGUGGUUACCGCGGAAAAAAUGUCCGGAUCUGCUAUGUACGAACUGGUUCGUGUCGGUUAUUAUGAACUAGUGGGAGAAAUUAUUCGAUUGGAAGGAGAUAUGGCCACUAUUCAAGUAUACGAAGAAACAAGCGGUGUCACUGUGGGUGAUCCAGUUUUAAGAACUGGAAAACCUCUUUCUGUUGAAUUGGGACCUGGAAUUUUGGGCAGUAUUUUUGAUGGUAUUCAACGUCCCUUGAAGGACAUUAAUGAACUCACAAGUUCAAUUUACAUCCCAAAAGGUGUGAAUGUUCCAGCUUUAUCGCGCACGGCUUCCUGGGAAUUUAAUCCACUCAAUAUUAAAAAUGGAAGUCAUAUUACUGGAGGUGAUUUAUAUGCAAUCGUUCACGAGAAUACACUCGUCAAACAUAAAAUGAUUUUGCCACCAAAGAGCAAAGGUACCGUCACCUAUAUUGCACCUGCUGGAAAUUACACCGUUGAUGAUAUUGUUUUGGAAACUGAAUUUGAUGGCGAGAGACAAAAAUAUACUAUGCUGCAGGUAUGGCCUGUACGUCAACCACGACCAGUGACAGAAAAAUUACCUGCCAAUCAUCCUCUACUUACUGGACAACGAGUUUUGGAUUCUUUAUUCCCUUGUGUUCAGGGUGGAACAACUGCAAUUCCUGGUGCUUUUGGUUGUGGAAAAACUGUAAUUUCUCAAGCACUUUCCAAAUACUCCAAUUCUGAUGUAAUUAUUUAUGUUGGUUGUGGAGAACGUGGUAAUGAAAUGUCUGAAGUAUUGCGUGAUUUCCCUGAACUUACUGUCGAAAUUGAUGGAGUGACCGAAUCUAUUAUGAAACGUACCGCUUUGGUCGCAAAUACAUCAAACAUGCCUGUAGCUGCUCGUGAAGCUUCCAUUUACACUGGUAUCACUCUUUCCGAAUACUUCAGAGAUAUGGGUUAUAAUGUAUCAAUGAUGGCAGAUUCUACAUCACGUUGGGCCGAAGCUCUUCGUGAAAUUUCCGGACGUUUGGCAGAAAUGCCUGCCGAUUCCGGUUAUCCAGCUUAUUUGGGUGCUCGACUCGCCAGUUUCUACGAAAGAGCUGGAAGAGUUAAAUGUUUAGGAAAUCCAGAUCGUGAAGGUUCAGUCAGUAUUGUCGGAGCUGUUUCUCCACCCGGUGGUGACUUCUCUGAUCCUGUUACGAGCGCUACUCUUGGUAUUGUUCAAGUAUUUUGGGGUUUAGAUAAGAAACUUGCUCAACGCAAACAUUUCCCUUCCAUUAAUUGGUUGAUUUCCUACAGUAAAUAUCUUCGUGCUUUGGAUGAUUUUUAUGACAAGAACUUCCAGGAAUUCGUUCCCCUUAGGACGAAAGUUAAAGAAAUUCUUCAAGAGGAAGAAGAUUUAUCAGAAAUUGUACAAUUGGUUGGUAAAGCUUCUCUUGCCGAAGGAGACAAAAUUACACUUGAAGUUGCAAAACUUCUCAAAGAUGAUUUUCUCCAACAAAACAGUUACUCACCGUACGAUCGAUUCUGUCCGUUCUACAAAACUGUGGGCAUGUUACGUAACAUGAUUGCAUUUUAUGAUAUGUCAAGGCACGCCGUGGAAUCCACUGCUCAGUCGGAUAACAAAAUCACAUGGAAUGUCAUUAGAGAUAGUAUGGGCAAUAUACUUUAUCAACUCAGUUCCAUGAAGUUCAAGGAUCCUGUAAAAGAUGGUGAGUCUAAAAUCAGAGCAGACUUCGAUCAGCUUCACGAAGAUAUUCAACAGGCAUUCAGAAAUCUAGAAGAUUAAUUCUUCACUCUCUUUAAGUGAAUUAUUUGUUAUUAUUAUUAUUAAUCUAUUGUCUCGGUUCCCAUUCAAUUAGGAACGUUCCAAUUUCAAUCGUUUGGGGAUGUUCCAAGUAUGCAAUAUGCUGUGCAUAGAAAACAAAAGAGAGAAAGUGAAAAAAACGUAAAAAAAAAAGAAAAAAAUCAUUCUAUAAUUUUAAUUUUUUGAAAUCCCUCGAUUAAUAAUCAAAGUGAAUCGCCUCGAGGUAGAUUUUGAAAAAAAGUGCAUCAAGUGCACGCUCUGCUGCACAAUUUUUAGUACAUUCCCAAUGCAAUAUAUUUUAUUGGCAAACUAAUAAGUAUUUGAUUCCCGGAUUUUUUUUUCGAGACCUUUCUUUUUUUUAAGUCGGAAAAAAACGAGAAAUAAUUUUUAAUAGUCGCUGUCCCUGUACUAAAACUCGCUGGAAGAGAAAGAAAGAGAGAGAGGGAGAGAAAGUAAAAGAAAGAAUGAAAUUUGUGGGACUACUAUUAUUUCCUUUGUUCAGUUUAUUUAAUUGAUUGAACAUAUAUAUCGGUCAUAUUUUGACUAAUUAGUAUUCUACAUCGAAUUAUUGUAUAUAGAAAUAAUCUCUGAUAAAUUUUCUUUUUCAAAUCACUCUAAUUUUUCGAUUAUUUAUCAAGUCUCAUUUUUCGCAGAGUAUUAAUAAAAUAUAUAUUGACAAAUAGUGAGACAAUAAAAUGGAACACCCCCUAAACGCAAAUAUCAUCUGCCGAAAAUGUGUUUCCGAAUAUAUUCCUCUUGCUAAAAAUAUAAAAGAGAAAGAAAAAAGAAACCAUUUGUUAGUAAAUUUUUACUUUUGUGAAAUCUGGGAAUUUUUUGGUUUGAUAAAUAAAAAGAAAAAUCAUCAGUGUGGAUUGUUACGCAAAAUUUGCGAGAUAUCUACAAUGUAUAUUACAAAAGUAUAUAUAUAUAUAUAUCAUUUAUUGAAAGCUCUCAAAUCGUUUCAAGAUAUACGAUAAGUAAUAUGUAUAAUUAAUUUUUGAUUAAACACAUGGCCUUGGUGUUGCGAAAAAUAAUUCGCUGAGACGACAAGACAGCUUUCAAAUGAAAAAAAGCAUAAAUCGUGGAAUAUUAGAUAUUGUACUAUAUUAUUAUAUUCUAUAAACGUAACAGAAAUUAAAUGUAGGCGUUAAAAAGAUUAUACAAUGUUGACAUAAUGCAGUUCAGUGCUGUUCGACGAAAAAAAAAAUUGCUUUUUAAAUUUUCCAAAUAUCUAUAAUUAAUUCAGUAUUUAAGAGAGAGUGAGAGAGAAAGAGAGCGUCACGAGAUUAUUAAUGUUUAUCGUGUUUUAAAGUCAAUAACGAUUUUAUUCUAAGAAGUUGAUUGUUCGACAGCACUGACAAAGAUAUUUUAUGCAGGCUAAACUUAAGGUGCUGGGUUUUACAGUAAACAAAACAAAUAAAAAAAAAAAAAAAAAAAACUCCACAAAUGUCCACUGUUCCAGCAACUUCAGUAUCAUUUCCAUUGUAUGAUAUGUAAAAAAAAAUCAAUAAAACACAAAAGAAAAACAAACAAACAAAA